AACCGUGUUUAUAGAGCGACGUUGUCGUUUGUUUUGUUUGGGGUUGUGUUUGUGAAAUACAUUGAUUGCCGCUUUAUAAAAGUAAUAUUUUCAUACGAGUUUUUGUUGGUACUUUUAUAAUUGUUUCCCGGUAAAUUUACAAAUUUCAAUUAUCGCACAAUAUUUAACCUUACCGUCUUUACUGUAUAAUAGCCUCUUGGAAAUAUUUUAGUAAUAAAAUUAUGGGCGACUACAUUCAUGCAAACAUAUCUCAGGACAAUGCAGCUAUGGUGCGACUUGAAUUAGCGCAAAAUGAUCAGAUUCCAUUGCGUCGACCAUUUGAUCCUUUGAUACAUGAUUUAGACCCUCAUUUUAAAUUGACCCGUUUUGCAGACCUUAAAGGACGUGGUUGCAAAGUUCCACAAGAAGUUCUCAACAAACUGUUGGAAAGUUUUCAACAAGAUGAAAAUGGUCAUGGGGAACAAUCUCACUUUAUGCAUAUGACAAUGACGAAAAUUGGUAUUGGAAUGGAUGCAGCGGUUGUACCUCUUCGACAUGGUGGCCUUUCUCUAGUACAAACUACAGACUAUUUUUACCCUCUUGUUGACGAUCCAUUUGUUAUGGGUAAAAUAGCAUGUUCGAAUGUUUUAAGUGAUUUAUAUGCCAUGGGUGUAACUGAAUGUGACAAUAUGCUCAUGCUUUUAUCUGUUUCUACUAAAAUGACUGAAAAAGAACGAGAUGUAGUCAUACCUUUAAUUAUGAAAGGAUUUAAAGAAACUGCUUUUGAAGCUGGUACAACUGUCACUGGUGGCCAAACAGUAGUCAAUCCGUGGUGUACUAUCGGAGGAGUUGCUACUACAGUAUGUCAACCUAACGAAUUUAUUAUCCCUGACAAUGCAGUAGUUGGCGAUGUCCUUGUAUUAACAAAGCCUUUAGGAACACAAGUGGCUGUUAACGCUCACCAAUGGCUAGACCAACAAGAUAAGUGGAACCGAAUAAAGCUUAUAGUUUCUGAAGAAGAUGUAAGGAAAGCCUAUCAACGUGCUAUGGACUCAAUGGCUCGAUUAAACAAAACUGCAGCUAAACUUAUGCAUAAAUACAAUGCCCAUGGGGCAACAGAUGUAACUGGUUUUGGACUAUUGGGUCAUGCACAAACCUUAGCAAAGCAUCAGAAGAAUGAAGUUUCAUUUGUUAUUCAUAAUCUUCCUGUAAUUUCAAAGAUGGCAUCAGUAGCAAAGGCAUGUGGAAAUAUGUUUCAAUUAUUACAAGGUCAUUCAGCGGAGACAUCUGGAGGACUUUUAAUAUGCUUACCUAGAGAACAAGCAGCUGCUUAUUGUAAAGAUAUCGAAAAAGUUGAAGGAUACCAAGCAUGGAUUAUAGGUAUCGUAGAAAAAGGCAACCGCACAGCUCGAAUAAUUGAUAAACCAAGAGUAAUUGAAGUACCUGCUAAGGAAAAAGAUGGGGAACUUUGGUAGUAUUAUAAAUAACAACAGUGCCAUAAUUUGGUAAUUAUAAGGAAUGUGGAUUUUCUUUUUGAAAUUUAUUACCUAGUUUUUUAUGAUUAUUUCUAAUUUUUAAAUGUUGAUUUCAUUAUGUUAAGCUUGUAUUUUAUAUACCUUUUCAUCACAAGCUGGGCUUAAUGUUGUAGUUUAAAUUUAAGGAUUGUAUAUAUGCAUUCUUACAAAGACUAGAUUACCAUUCCUAUGUGGUAUGAUUAUUAUUAUUAUAUAUACAAAAAUAAAUUUUAUAUUUUUAUCCAAUAAAAACUUUUUUUUAAUUUGUACAUUUAUUCUUAAUUAAAGAUUGUUAUAAAUAUAUAAAAAAAUUGUUUUUACAAAACAAAUGUGUUUUGAUUUGUAAAUUGCCAAUAUUAAAGUU